UUACUAACAAAUUCACUACACCCCAUCUUCAUAAAAACCCACAGAAUUCACCAAUCUUUUUUGUUGUUUCAUUUAUUUUUUAUUUAUAAUAAUUUUUUUUUGCUUGUUGAGAAGAAGAAAAAAAGAAGAAGAGGGGUGACUCCUCUUUUAGUAUUAGAAAGAAAAAAGAAAAAAGAUGCUUGGUGUUUCUUCAAGUUUAAUAGCUAGCAGUAAUACUAGUAUUACUGCUGGUGCUGCAGGUGAUGGAGCUGCCAUUUCGGCAGCUCCAUCACAGUUAGCACCGCCACCACAAGAAGCUCCGGAGAGUGGUGGGAGUAGUGAAGGUGGUGGCGGUGGAGGAGAUUUGUCGAUUGGCGGUGAAGAUGGAGAAAGGAACUCAGGUGGAAAUCGAUGGCCAAGGCAAGAAACUUUAGCUUUACUGAAAAUUAGAUCGGAAAUGGAUGUUGUUUUCAAAGAUUCAAGUCUUAAAGGACCGUUAUGGGAAGAAGUUUCCAGAAAACUCGCGGAGUUGGGUUAUCAUCGAAGUGCUAAGAAAUGUAAAGAGAAAUUCGAGAAUGUUUACAAGUAUCACAGGAGAACCAAAGAUGGUCGUGCUUCGAAAGCAGAUGGAAAAACUUAUCGAUUCUUUGAUCAGUUACAGGCUUUGGAAAACAAUCCAUCUUCUCAUUCUAACAUACCGCCACCUCCAUUAGCAGCAACACCCAUAACAAUGGCAAUGCCAAUGCGAUCAGGAAACAAUUCAGCAAAUCCUCCAAUGCCGACGCCAACGCCAACUCCACAAAAUCAUAAUCAUUUUUUUAGUGUUUCGCAGAAAAGUGUUGUGACAGGAGCAGCGCAGCCUGCUGUUAUGACUGCACCUGCGCUGCCACUGUCACAAGUGCCGAUAGGUAAUAAUAACUUGAACCAGAUGCAUCGGCCUCAAGGUAAUACUACUACUACAAAAACAAGUUUCCUGUCGAAUUCAACUUCAUCAUCAUCUUCAACUUCGUCGGAUGAGGAUAUACAAAGGAGGCAGAUGAAGAAGCGGAAAUGGAAGGAAUUCUUUGAGAGUUUAAUGAAGGAUGUGAUUGAGAAGCAAGAGGAAUUGCAGAAGAAGUUUUUGGAAACGCUCGAGAAGCGCGAGAGGGAUAGGUUGAUGAGAGAGGAGGCAUGGAGAGUGCAAGAGAUGGCUAGAUUGAAUAGGGAACAUGAUCUUUUAGUCCAAGAGAGAUCAAUGGCAGCAGCUAAAGACGCAACAAUCAUCGCCUUCUUGCAAAAAAUAACUGAACAGCAAAACACACAAACCCCGAAUAGUACAAAUAACACUUCUCCUUCUCCUUUUCCAAUUGCUCAAAUUCAAUUAAAAUUGUCCGAAAAGCCAUUCAGUACACCACCACAACCACAACCACAACCAUCAGCUACCGCGGUAUCACUGCCAAUGACAAUACAUACACCAACACCAGCACCACCACAGACACUGACAUUACCUGUAGUAUCAUCAAAAUCACUUGAACCUCCAAAAUCCGAUAAUGGUGGUGAGAAUUUCUCUCCAGCAAGCUCGUCAAGAUGGCCGAAAGAAGAAAUCGAAGCAUUGAUAAGUCUCCGAACCUGUUUAGAUCUAAAAUACCAAGAAAAUGGACCGAAAGGACCACUGUGGGAAGAAAUUUCAUCUGGAAUGAGAAAGAUAGGAUACAACAGGAAUGCAAAGAGAUGCAAGGAAAAAUGGGAGAACAUCAACAAGUACUUCAAGAAGGUAAAAGAAAGCAACAAAAAAAGACCAGAAGAUUCCAAAACUUGCCCAUAUUUCCACCAGCUGGAAGCACUGUACAAAGAAAAAGCCAAGCUCGAACCUGUACCACACAACACUACCUUCGGAUUAACACCCCAAAACAAUCCUCCUCCUCCUCCUCCUCCCAUCAUGGCUCAACCCGAGCAACAAUGGCCAAUUCCUCAAAAUCAACUUCACCAGCAAAAUCGUGAUCAUCAUCACGAUAAUGAAAGCGACAGCAUGGAUCACGAUUUGGAAGAGGACGAGGAUGAGGACGAAGAAGAUGAAGGUAAUGGCUAUGAAAUAAUAAUCACAAAUAAACAACAAUCAUCAUCAAUGGCGGCUACCCCAGUAACAACAACAACUUCUGCUGCUGCAGUUUAAAGCACAAAAUUAAAAUUGAUAACAACAUAAACAGCAGUAGUUACUGUGCAUUGGGAAUGGCAAGUUGGGCAACAGAUUGUGCAGAGAAUUGUCGUAUUGGGCAAGAGAAGAUGGUGACUGCAGUAAAAAAAUAAAUAAAUAAAUUAUAAUUUGGAAAUUAAUGCAAAAGGCAUUUAAGUUUUUACACAUGUUUUUUUUUAUUUGGUAAGGGGGUAUAGUUUUUAAUUUUUAGUUUGUGGUAAAAGUAUAUUUUUCAUUUUCAUUAUUUAUUUAUUAUUUGAAAUUUGAAAAAAAAAAUAAAGUUUUCUUUAUUGAGGGAUGGGAAGGUUAGAGAGAAAAGAGACAUAAUAAAAGAAUAAAUCCAGGGAUAAUGUAAUUUUUACUCUUUUUUUUUUUCAUGGGGGUGUAAAUUUGAGAAAAUGGU